UUCCUAGGUCCGAAUUGCUGCACAUUCCGAUUCCCCAUUCCUUUUACUUCCAUUCUCACGUCUUUCCUUCUGUAUUUGCCCCCCGUCAACAUGCUUCUCAACAUGAAAUGGUCCGCUCUUGCUCUGGUGGCUCUCCGUGUCGCUUCUGUCUUUGCCCAAGAAGAGGCAGAGACCGAGCCUAUCGUCCAGCGAGAGCUGAAGGCCGAUGUUGCGACAACCUUCCCCGAGUCGGACAUCUUCGGCGUGAAGCUUGUCAAUGGCCGACCGACCAAGGCGCUGAUUGAGAUCACCAACCACGAGGAUGGGCCAAUUCAAGUUGCUUUUGUCGGAGGCAUGCUCCUGACCACGCAGGUAUUGCCAGAGAACGCACCGCCACAUGCCGCCAUCCUUCGUAACCUGAGUGCCGUGAGCUAUGAAGCCUCCAUCCCGGCCGGCGAGAAGCAAGUCCUACCGUUCAGCUUCGUCCUCGAUAUGAACCCUCAGGACAUCAAGCUUCAGCUUCUUGCCGUCCUCUCGAACCCUGCCGGCGAGAUCUUCCAGGUUGAGGCUCACAAUGGCGCUGCGACCAUUGUCGAAGCUCCUACUAGCUUCCUGGAUCCCCAGAUCAUCUUCCUCUACAUCUUCCUCACCGGAAUUUUCGGCGGGACUCUCUACUUCGUGUACAAGACCUGGUUCGAGACACUCUUCCCGCAAGCACGCCACACCAAGGGCUCCAAGAAGGGCAGGAAAGUCGAUGUCGUGGAGCCUCUUUCGGGAAGCGAGUCCACUGGCGUCGCCACUGGGGCCGACAAGGACUACGAUGAGAGCUGGAUCCCUGAGCAUCACAUCAACCGCCCUGUUGCCAAGCGCGUCAAGAGCGGCGCUAGCGGCAAGGUCAAGCCGUAAGCGUGCGGAGCAUAUCUGGCGGUUGGAUCUGGACUCGGGAGGAAACAAAAACCCACGAAUCAUGAUCAUUUUGGUGACGGGCCUCAUACCAACAAACGUUCAAGGGCAGU